AUGACCUACGGCGACGAAGAGAAGAUUCGAAGAUUCAGUAGCUUGGAGCGGUCACCGGAGAAGCUGAACUUGAGCGGCCGAAAGGUGAAUCUCAGGUCUCUUUCUCCUUUAUCGACUGUGAUCUUGCAGAAGAGCACGUCUGGUCUUGGAGAUUUUAUAAUCGAAUUCGCUGAUGGGGAUUUGGGAGAUAGCGAUUCCGUGUUUUGGAGUUGA